AUGAAGGCCAAGAGAUGCUCUGAGCCUAAUUGGGAGUUUGAAGUCGAAUAUUCCUGCAUUUGCCCUUCUCCUGAGUCUUAUUUAUGCAAACUCCACUGAAUAGAUCUUUGUGAACUACCUAAUAGAGAUCACACUUUUGAGUCUGUCUUUUUAAAGCCCUGUGAAAGGACGAAAGAGGUAAUCUUUCAAACUCUGAAACAGGCCUUGAAGAGCUCUUAA